AUGAAGAAAUCGCUCUUUGAACGCCUACGCCUGGUGCCACUCACCGAGAGCGUCGCCUCUGAGGACGCCUGCGUGUAUUUGUAUCGCGUAGCCACCGGGUUGGGCUGGGUGCCGCCCAAGGCGGCAUCGGGACUGCAUCGAUGGGCAUAUUUUCUGUGGACCUGCACAACCAUGCUGCUGGGUGUGUGGCUGCCGGUGGGACUUACCCUCACGUAUGUGGUGCACUUUGACAAGUUUGCGGCGAGCGAGUUCCUCACCUCGGUGCAGGUGGACAUCAAUUGCAUUGGGAACGUGAUCAAGGCGUCUCUCACCUUCUCCCAGAUGUGGCGCAUGCGGCGGAUCAACGAAAUUAUUGCCCCCCUGGAUGAGCGUUGUGUGACGCCCAACCAGCGCCAGAUACUCCAUGCGAUGGUGGCCCGAGCGAAUCUAAUUGUUGUUUCCUUUUACAGCAUAUACGUAGGGUUCACCACGACGACGCUGUUCGCGUCGUUGUACGCGGGAAAGGCGCCCUGGCAGGUGUACAAUCCGCUGAUUGACUGGCGGCAGGGUACGCUGCAGUUGUGGGAGGCCUCGAUCCUGGAAUAUUUCAUCAUUGGCAUUAAUGUCACGCAGGAGCUGCUAUCGGACACCUAUCCGAUUGUCUUUCUAUCCAUAUUCCGCGGACAUCUGGCCAUACUCAAAGAUCGCAUAGCGAAUCUGCGCUGCAGUCCCGAGCUCACCGAGAAGGAGAACUACCAGCAGCUGGUGGACUGCAUCAAGGAUUAUCGGACUAUCGUGCAAUGCUGCGAUCUUAUUAGACCCACCCUGUCGGCCAGCAUCUUUACGCAGUUUAUGCUGAUUGGCAUAGUCGUGGGCUUGGCGCUCGUCAACAUACUCUUCUUCAGCAUCAGCAUUGGGAUGACCCUGUCGAACGUCACCUUCAUCGCUGCCAUUUGCACGGAAACAUUUCCGCUCUGCAUGACCUGCGAACUGCUGAUCGAGGACUGCGAAGCGCUUGCCUUUGGCAUCUUUCACUCAAACUGGAUGGACGCGGAACGGCGGUACAAGUCGGCAAUAAUUUACUUUCUGCACAGAGUGCAGCAGCCCAUACAAUUCUGGGCUGGAGCCAUCUUUCCCAUAUCCGUGCAGAGCAACAUAACGGUGGCCAAGUUCGCCUUUAGCAUCGUCACGAUUGUCAAUCAAAUGAAUCUGGCGGAGAAGUUUCGAAAGGAAGUUUAAUGUGUGCAACAACUGCACUAGUGGCAGCCACACUCUGCCUCUGCCUUUGCUGUAAGCUUCAAUAAUUUCACUUUGAAUUUAAAUUUGCUUGCACAAGGCCCUAAAGCUCUUUCGAGUGCACAAACACUUGAUAUAUAAUUUCUAAUGAGUUUACAAGUGGCUGAAACCACACCCAACCACCCAUCUGCCAUCAAAGAUUUAAGAGCAAACCUAAUCCUUUAUUGAGUUAUUUACCAAUUCUGUCUAAUUGGCACUUGGCAGUUGGCACUUGGCUGUUGGCAGCUUUAUUCGUACUUUAAUAAUAAAU